GUGCUUCACCGAGAAACAGUCGACGGGAUCUGGGCGGGACCGGAUCGACACCAGUGCGCUGCGUUAACCACCAAACCUCCAUGAUCCACACCUGGACGAGCGCUUGACAGCUCAGUAAAUUGAAGAGCGGUUAUUAUGAGGACAGAGACGGGCCCUGAGGCGGGGGCCACAGUCAACAUGCAACAGUCAGCUUCAGAUGGCAAAAUGGCCAAACAGGAAAAUAAGGCUCAUGAUGAUCACAAAGACACAGAAGACACAUCAGAAAGGACGACGCCGGGCAAGAGCCCCAGAUCUCCUCAGAAAGGCUCCAAACGCUCCAAGACGGUCCCCUUCAAAGUCACUCUUAUGGACAGCUCAGAUUAUGAAGAUAACAUUGAGAAACUGUGUAAAGGGCAGCAUCUCCUGGACGUGAUGUGUGAACAUCUAAACCUGCUGGAGAAGGACUAUUUCGGCUUGACCUUCAGUGAUUCUGACAGCCAGAAGAACUGGCUGGACCCAUCCAAGGAAAUCAAGAAACAGAUGAGAACUUGUCCUUGGCAUUUUACCUUUGCUGUCAAGUUCUAUCCACCGGACCCCUCUCAGCUCAUGGAAGACAUUACCAGGUACUAUCUGUGUCUGCAGCUGCGCAACGACAUUCUCUCCGGCCGCCUGCCCUGUUCUUUCGUCACACAUGCUUUGCUGGGAUCCUACACCGUCCAGGCGGAGCUGGGAGAUUACGAUCAGGACGACCAUGGCUCAGACUACGUCAGUGAUUUACGUUUCGCUCCAAAUCAAACCCGUGAGCUGGAGGAGAGGGUGAUGGAGCUACACAGAACUUACAGGGGAAUGACGCCGGCGGAGGCAGAAAUGAACUUUCUGGAGAAUGCAAAGAAGCUCUCCAUGUAUGGGGUCGACCUGCAUCACGCUAAGGAUUCAGAAGGGAUUGAUAUUAUGCUGGGAGUGUGCGCCAACGGUCUAUUGAUUUACCGUGAUAGGCUGAGGAUCAACCGCUUUGCCUGGCCGAAGAUCCUCAAGAUCUCCUACAAAAGGAGCAAUUUCUACAUCAAUAUCCGCCCUGGAGAGUAUGAGCAGUUCGAGAGCACCAUAGGCUUCAAGCUCCCCAACCACAGAGCUGCCAAGAGACUAUGGAAGGUCUGCAUCGAACACCACACCUUUUUCAGGCUAGUAUCUCCAGAGCCGCCACCAAAGGGAUUUCUAGUGAUGGGUUCAAAGUUCAGAUACAGUGGGAGGACUCAGGCCCAGACACGGCAGGCCAGCGCUCUGAUCGACCGACCCGCUCCACACUUCGAACGAUCCACUAGCAGGAGAUACCUUCUGUCUCGCAGUCUAGAUGGAGAGUUUUCCCGACCGGUGUCCACAUUGGGUGAGAUUCAUGAUGGUCUGUCCCAGAAGAGUGAGAGCGAGCAGCCGCAGUUUCUGUCUGCAGAUGAAGCUGAACCUGAUCUCAGUCUGGACCAAGACCAGGACCAGGACCAAGACCAAGACCAAGAUCUUGACCAGAAGAAGAGUGAGGGCAUGACCCCUACCAGGAAAAAAGACAUUAAGGAGGAUGCAAGUCUGGCUCUUGAUAAAGAGGAGCAGGAGUUAACCCCGCUACACAAGCAGGAGUUUCUAGACAAGUCAGAUGAUGUUCUCCUGAAGCACCAGGCCAGCAUCAAUGAGCUGAAGAGAGCCCUGAGGGAGCCCAGCAGUAAGCUGGUGAACCGGGAAAAGCGCCUGUCAGCGACGUCCCCCGGUGAAACUCCAGAGAAGAAGGCAGCAGCCAUGUGUCAGGAGGCUGUUGUUGCAGGCGGAAGAGAACCUGUCAACAGCCUCACUGUGGAGGGCUUCAUACAGAAGACUCUCGUGACUUCACCUGAGGGCUCUGAGGAAUGGGUGUUGAUCGAAAAACGAGACGCGUAUCAAACGGACUAUGAAAUAGAGGAGAAAGAACGGAACAAAGCUAGCACGUCUCCCCCACAACUAGUCGUUGAUCUACUUCCGAGAAAAAAGGAGGUAGAAAAACAACGCGAAAUUACCAAGAUGAUACACAUUGAGCUAAUGGGAGAGGAUGGUGAAGAAACACAAUUGCAAAUGGAGACUUUUACAUCCACAAAAGUAACACAGAAGGAAAGGCCAACAGAAUCAAAUGUAAAGAGGGAAGAUGGUAUGUUUUCCUCAACAAUCGAAGCGAAAUCAGAUUUAUAUACAGUCGGUAAAUCAGACAAAGUGCCUUGUUCACCUGUUGAAUCAAGAUCUGAGACUAUGAAGACCUUUAAUCCAGAUGCUACUAGUGAAUGUGCUCCACGUAAGGUCAGAAGAGAGAAAAGACCUCAAAGCUUAAACCUGGGUAUGUCUAGGGACUUUGUGUAUGAAACAGAAGCCAAAAGUUCAAACAUCACAGAAGACAGUGUGGAGUCGGAUGAGGACAAUAAUACUGAAUCUAUUGAAGAGACUGCUGUUUGUCAUCCAACAACAGACACAUGGUCACCAUCCAUGAUGAAAAAGCUAAAUCAGCCAGCAGAUGCUGGGUCACCUCUCGAAGAGAAGCAGAGGGAGUUUGACAAAGUCAUGGGAAAAGACUUGCAGAUUCCCGAUCAAGGAGUGACAAGAUCUGAUGAAGCAGAAGGUCAAGAGAAGCCAUCCACCGAAAUAAAGAUUAUGAACACUGAAGACAAACAAGAAAACCAAGAUUCGGUAAAUGAUCCUGGUAAAGAUGAGCUAAAAAAAGUCAAGACUGAUAUUAGAUUUGAGGUUACCAAAGUCAUCAUGAUUGACAACAACGGGAACAAAGAGGAGCCAGAGAAUGUAGACGAGCAAAGAAUGGAAGAGUUGGAUCUUGAGAGGAACAAUAUUCAACUGGAUAAAACAGAGAUGGUUCAAACAGCCAAGGAAUUGAGAAAGACCAACCUGAGAGUAACAGGACACUCAAGAACUGAUAUAACAAGAAUCGUUCCAUUGAAACCUGAUAGAGCGAAGAGUCAGGGUUACAAAGAUGACAUAGAUAUUGGGCAAGACUCAGAACUGAUGAAAAGAAGCUUCAAAAGAUACAGCAUGAAUGAAUCUUUCGAAAGACAGUUUGACCCCAGCAAGUUUGAGUGCAGGGAUUCCAACGCAAGUUUCACCACGAGUCCUGUGGAAGCUAAAAUAAGUCCGAAGGAAUCAUUGUUGGCUAUGACAGACCACUAUAUUUUAGGGAGCUCAGAGCAAAAAACAAGCGAUGUUGGCGGUUCGCCACAAGAAGGAGCGAUGCAGGAUGCAUACACCAGCCGAGUGGUCCAUGGAGAUCUUCUGCAUCCCGAUGAAGGACUUUCUGAUGUCCAAACUCAACUCCCCAGGACACCAGUCCACCAAAAAAAUGCCCCUCCGACUCCACCAGUGAAAACAAAGAAAGCCAGAGAAUCUGUUCUUAUUCUGCGCAAUAGCCGCAACUUCAGCACAGACACAACUAUAGAAGACAAGAAGAGCCUUCCGGAGUCUCUGUCCUCUGCUUCUCAUGAAGACCAACGGGAUUAUGAUAAGCAGCAACCGCCCUCCGUCCUGGAGGACGACAGUAAUCGCGAGCCGGCGGUGCUGAAGGACACCCACCUGGCCAUCGAGAGAAAAAGUUCAAGCAUGACAGUCAGUUCCACCUCAAGCCUGGAAGCUGAGGUGGACUUCACUGUAGUCAUGGACUUACACAGCGGAGUGGAGGAGUUCACAAGAGGCAUGGUUGAACUGGGCGAGAAGGACCAGUGGGUGGAGAUGGGCGGGGAAGGGUUUGAGGACAUACCCAAGUCUCUCUCCACCCGCCGCACGAAUUUACGAGAUGUGUCGCCCGGAAGGGAGCGUUUCCUUGAAGGUCGCGCUCAUCAAGAUCUAGAGCCUCCCCCUGUUGCCAAGAAAGACCCCAGUGCUGUGAGUGCUGCUCAGAUGUUGAGAAAAGGAGAAAUUAAAGUGACAGCAGAUUCCAAUGACUCUGAGGUUGAACUCAGCUCUGAUCAUCCUUCAGAGGAAAAUAACACUGUUGUCAACUGCAAGCCAACCAAAGUCUCCAGUACUGACGUCACACAACCACAGAAGGUGGAGACGAAAAUGGAAGAGAGCGGCAUUAAAGAGCUGAAAGAGAACGGCUCCCCUGUGAGGACAAACAGUCUGGGAAGAGAAUUUGUGGCGUCUCCUCUCACCAUAACCACAGAAAAUGUUACAUCAGCCACCACCACUCAAGUGACCAAGACGGUGAAGGGAGGGUAUGCAGAGACCAGGAUUGAGAAAAGAAUAAUCAUAACAGGCGAUGACGAUGUUGACCAACAUCAGGCUCUUGCCAUGGCAAUACAGGAAGCCAAACAACAGCAUCCUGACAUGCUGGUGACUAAAGCAGUGGUGGUCAGGGAAACAGACUCGACCUUUGAAGAGAAACAGCGGAGAUCAGAGUCUUGAUCACAAGAGGGUGCUGUUUGGCAACACUGACAGAAGAUCCGUUUUGGAAAUCUCCUCUGCUUUACAUUCUUAUUGAGAGAUGAUGGCUCACGCUACUGAACAAGGAACACAAAAUGUACCACCAGCCAUCUCCAACCGCUGUCCCAUCUUACCCCUCUUCAGCUACCCUGUGUCCGAAACUAUCCAAAACCUACAAUGUCUCGUCGUCUGAUGUCAACGCAUUGUACAGUACCAUGCAAAGUAUUUUCCUUCCAUUAUACUGUAUAAACAGCAGCCCUGAGUCAUCUGCAGUCCUUAAGAGAUUUUAAACCUAAAUUGUAUAAAUGUCAAUAGUUUAACAUAAAAUUUAGAGUGGAUAUGAAAAAGAAAUGCUGAAAGUGUUGGAUAAAUUACUCCAUUCUGUCACGUAUGCACAUCAGACUUAGUUCCCAGAGUUUAAAAACCUUUUUUGGGGUUCGUUUGAGUGUACACUGUUUUGGGGACAUUCUAUAUCAACCUGCCAUUCCUGAUUUUGUCAUCACAGUGUGGAUUACUCGGUUCCUCUCAUCAUCAUCUUCAGUCUUCCAUUUUGGAUUCAUGCAUGACUUUUAAAAUUCACUGGAGAAGUCUGGACAGACACUGAAGCUAUGUACCCAUGCUGCCCUGGAUAAUAUAGCCACGGGUCGGCCUCUAGCUAUAGUUCACUAAUAUACUCGAUUGCUGUUUUCUAGCUUUGUAAAGAUUUUUGAAUAAUUGUUGAUCAUGUGUUUGCCUGUUAAUUAUGAAUAUUUAUCAAUUUGAUUAUCAUAUGCGUAUGCAUGAAACGAAUAGCAGAUUUGGACGGUGGAAGCCCACACGCAUCAAACCUGACGGGUUGUACUACAGUUGCUGUUGUUUUAUAGAUACCCCAUGAGUCAAAACAAGGGACGACGCCGAAUUGCACAUCCCAUAAUAAGCGAAAGAUCAUGUGAUGUAUAUCAUUUUAAAAUCAAUGCAGCAUUUUGGAUUGCAGGCAAGAUGCAACAUGUCAGCUCUUGCUUUUCUUUCCGUCCCCAAUUUUAGUGGAUCGAACCAAUCUCCCUGUUUCAACCUGACACCCAGCUGUGUUCUAAAACCUAUAGUGAGCUGCUUAUGUAGGCAGCACUUCAAAGUGUCAUAUGAGCGAACAAAAUUCAAAGGUAGCAAAAAUAAUUCUGCCUUUUGAAAUACUGAAAUUCUGCUUAUAGCCAACACAUUUGGCUAACAUCAUUUACAGUGAAAGCAGUCCCAUAGUGCAAUGUGGCAUUGACAGCGAACAUUCCAAAAGGUUCAUUUACAGUUAAUUUAGGAUGCUGCCUAUGUAGGGAGUAGACAGCAAGGUAGCACACUAGGUUUGAUUUAUUGAAGUGAUGCUCGACGGGCAAUGUUAGAAUUUAUACCAACACACUUUUAAUAGAGAUUUUAUUGAAAUGAAUGUUUAAUUUUUUUCUUUGCUUUUUUAAGUUAUGCUGUAUGACUUGGAUGUAUUUAUAUGAUUGCUAAAUGUGAGCCCUUGGGUUUUCCGUCUCUUAAAUGUUACCACCUACAGCAGUGUGAAUAUUACAAUCUCCUGUAAAAUGAUCAUCGUGUAAAUAUUCUAUGCAUUCUUAGUAAAGCAUCCUGAGGAAAAUACAACAAACAGAGGGGAUUUGGAAAACUGUGAGCUGUUUUUGUCAACAACUCUGCAAUAACAUUUACGUUUAUAGAGAAAACUGUGAUUAAGCAUGUUCCGUAUUACGGCUGUAUGCACAAACACGUCACUGUUAACCACGGCUCUGUACGUCUCACUGCUGUCUCCUGAGGGAUGGAAGACCCUCGGGACAUGUCUGGUCUGCUGUUAAACUGCAUCUGUGAAUCAAAUGAGAAUCUGUAUUUUUUUUCCAGGGUAGUGUCACUGAAUUUCCCGAUUAUACUGCAAAAGCUCCAGGCAGCACUUUUUUGUUUUCUGCACCGAUUUGGGUGGAAACGUGCAAAACAGAUACAAGCAUGGUUAAAUGGAGAGUAUUGAAAUGAAUGUGGUGUAAUUCUUGCACCACCGGCAUCACAUAGACAAGUUUCCCAAAUACACCACACCCUUUCUUUCAUUGGUCGGAUAAACAUAAACGUUACAGUUCAACUAAAAUCUCAGAUUCAGCGCGUGCCUGCUCGAGCAAUGUUGAUCUGCUGUUCAUUUUGGGAUAAAACGGUUACUUCGUGAUGCAAUUUGGAAGGGAGGAGGCGAUGUCUUGUAGCGCAGGUGUUUGACUCAGUUUGAUUCGGAAACAUUAAGAGAAAGGUGUGCAAGUGAUUGUUUCUGUACCAACACAAUUUAGGGCUGUUACUGUGAUGAUGAAUAUGAGAGAAUAUCAAUGUCAUAUCAAUAUUGGGUGCCUUAUUGUUUCACUCAAUGCCAUCUGAGGCAAGACAAGUUGUUACCUGUAAUCCAUUGAAACAAAAGCAAAAGUUUCAGAGUUGAUCUCGUGGAUCAAUAUGGGUCUACAGUCUGUCACAUGGGAUGCUGUAAUGAAUCUUGUGAAUGGAGCUAAAUGUAUUUAUCUCUGUUGACUGGUGCAACUUACUGUAGAUCUGUAAUAGAGUUUGACAUGACACAAGUUUAAAAGGACGGACCACUGGAACAAAUAAAGUGAAAGCGGGUACAGUACCUGAUGCUCUGUGCAUGGCAUGAAGCAUUGGAUUUCUCUUCCUAAACUACUGUCCUGACCCCUUCCAUUGACACGUGUCUUUCAGAGUUUUAUAGCCACAUAGUACUUAAUGGUGUGUGUUUACUGUAUUUGCAUUCAGCCUAAAUGGAGUACAGAAUACAACAAUAAACGUCUCAAUGCCA